AUGCCAAAAUGUGCUUGUCAAGUGCCUGCGGCUGGCCUUGCUGUGGCUGCUGUCACGUGGGUCGCUGGCCAAACGAUUGAAGACCGUGUCGAGUGCCAGGGAUCAUUCGGUCUCCCCACUGCCACCAGCAUCCACGAACCACUGGCAGCUUUCCUCGUCUCCCGCCUUCCGACUUUGGCGACAGCUUCACCGGCGCGCGCAACUACGUGCUGGAGCUUGAAACCGCGCGCAAUCGCCCCAGAGGUUGCUCUUAUUCCCAUCGACGCAUUGGUUGGUUGCCCUGUGCCGUCGCCGUCGCAGCUUGGGCUUGAUUGUUUGGCCUAUUGGAUAUCAACCGCAAGCAGCAUGGCGCCGUCAACCAACCAGCUCGAGGCAGCUCUGAUCGACGGCACAUACCAUGUAUUUACUGCUGAGCCUGAUGCGACAACCGUAAACAAGGUUCGGAAGCACGUUGAAGAGUCUCUGCAUCUGGAGGAAGGCUUCUUCGCAGGCGAGGACUGGAAACAAAAGAGCAAGGUUCUGAUCAAACAAUACGUGGACAAGCUGCUAGAUGGCUGGGUGCCGGACUCGACGCGGGAGACUCAAUCCGAGAACAGGGCCAGGCGAGGAGGUUCUGAGGAAGCCCCGUCGUCUCCGAGACGAAAGAAACUCGCCUCCGAGAAUGGCAAGUACACCGCACAUGAUGAGCGACUCCACGGCAGCGACAAAGACACAAUUCCAAGGCCAAAGAAGGUGGCAUCACGCCGCAAGACUCAGACGGCAAACUCGACCGAAAAUAUCGGCAACGUUUUGGGCCCACCUCCGCCCAAGAAACGAAAACAGAAAGACAGUAGUGCAUCGGCGAAGUCACCGACGAAAUCACCACCCACAGAUGAGGGGGGUGAUCUCAAAGACGAUGCAAUGUCCUCGAUAGAAGUCGACGUCACAAAUCCGGCCGUCAAUGAAGAGGAAGAAUUCUCGGAUGUCAUUGAUGAAGCGCCGAAGCCGAAGCGGAAGAAGAAGGAGCGAAAGGACUCGUCGUCUAAACCAUCCAGGCCCAAGGUGAAAAAGACGACCGAGUCAUCACCAGAUGACCCUGACGAAGCUGAGAUCAAGAAGCUUCAGUCACAGCUGGUCAAAUGCGGUGUCAGAAAACUGUGGCACAAUGAGCUCAAAAAGUACGGAGACGACGCGAGAGCCAAAAUUCGCCAUCUCAAGAAAAUGCUUACAGAAGUCGGCAUGGACGGCCGUUUCUCGGAAGCAAAAGCACGCGAAAUCAGAGAAACAAGGGAACUCUUGGCUGAGGCAGAGGCGGCGCAGGAGAUGAAUCGCCUGUGGGGGAUGGGCACAGGCGGCCGUGCGAGUCGAAGUACGAACAAGUCGAUCCAGGUCGAGGAAAGUGGAGAAAGUGAAGCCGAAGACGCCGCUGGUGAUGACGGUACAGAGGACGACAAUGAAGAGGGGGGUACCUCAUUCGCGGCCAGACGCAGGCGCGCUCAGGCCGACCUCGCGUUUCUUGGAGAUGACAGUGAAUCUGACGAAUGA